GAGAUGGUGGACUUAGAAGAAGAGGAAGAAGAACUCUCUUUCUCUCUCUCUCUCAGUCCAGUACUAACCUGUGAAGUUGACGCCUUGAUGCAGGUACCUCGAAGAUGGAGCUGGAGCUAUGGCGCCACAGUGCGGACGUGCUGCAAGACUGCUCCGAGCUUGCGAAAUUUCAGGGAAUGUCUGACGCCGGGUGCUGGCACUGGGUCGCCGGGUGCUGGCACUGGGUCGCCGGGUGCUGGCACUGGGUCGCCGGGUGCUGGCACUGGGUCGCAGGGUGCUGGCACUGGGUCGCCGGGUGCUGGCAUUGGGUUGCCGGGUGCUGCCACUGGGUCGCCAGGUGCUGGCACUGGGUCGCCGGGUGCUGACAUUGGGUCACCGGGUGCUGCCACUGSGUUGCCGGGUGUUGGCGCUAGGUCGCCCGGUGGUGGCACUGGAUCGCCGGGUGCUGGCACUGGGUCGCCCGGUGCGGGUGCUGGGUCGCCGGGUGCUGGCACUGGGUCGCCGGGGCCGCGGGCUGGUGGGAAUGGGUUGGUGCUCGCUGGGAGUUGGUCGCCUGGUGGUGGGGAUGCGGUGGGGGGUGGUGUGACUGGGCCGCCGGGUGCUGGGACUGGGUUGCUGCGUGCUGGGACUGGGUUGCUGCGUGCUGAGGCUGGGUUGCUGCGUGCUGGGGCUGGGAAUGGGUUGCUGCUUGCUGGGGCUGGGACUGGGCUGCUGCGUGCUAGAACUGGGUUGUCGGUGAUGGGGCUGGGUUGCUGUGUUCUGGGACUGGGUUACUGCAUGCUGGGACUCGGUUGCUACGUGCUGGGGCUGGGAGUGGGUUGCUGCGUGCUGGGGCUGGGACGGGGUUGCUGCGGGAUGGGACUCGGUUGCCAGGCAUUUGUUGUGAUGGCCGUGGGUGCAUCGUCGAGCGGGGCAUCGGCGUCGGAUAUGAGCGACGCCUAUAUGGAUUAUGACUAUAAUAAUCGUUAUCCAGAUGAGCCCAAGCGGCCAUCUGAUCAUGAAAUGUUAGAGGCGUGUGGUGACCGAAUUGAUGAUGACUCUGGUGUUAGAUGGUCGCUCGAUGAGUUGCUGCAACUGUUGUACAUGAAGCAGCACGAGGUUUACGUGAUGAGGGGGUUGCUGGAGCAGCAGCAAAAGGGUUAUGAGGAGGCGGUGACGAGGAUGUUUGAGGAGAUGAGAUUGGGCCCGUGUGGGGGGGCAGAAGCUGGGAAAAACGCGAAGGGGGAGGAGAGGCGGGCGGGAAAGAAGAGGGGUGCAGAGACCUCGGUGGAGGAGCUGAGGGAAGGAGUUGGGUUGGGUGAGGGUGGGGGGUUGAGCACCGAUGGAAGCAAGGGGGGUGGUUUGGCUGAGAGGAGGCUGAGGGACGAGAAGAUCCGAAAGCGGAUCUUGGAGAUGAACAAUGAGGAGGGGUACGGUGGGGGAGCGGCGAGGGCCGGGCGGAUGCACGGCAUGUCAUUCGAGUCCAGAUUUAGGGGUAGGCGUGUGAGAAAUGCCUUGCGCGAGUACAAAAAGUCUAUAGUGGAGACGGCUGCAAGGCAACGCAACUUCGAUACCGAGCGGACGGAGUUUGUGUGGGAUUUCACCGCGGGGUUGCAGCUGGCGGCGGAGGCGGAGGCGGACGAUGAGAUGCCUCAUUUGGUGGAGAUGCCGUUUGAUGGGGAGGACGAGCGCCUUGACGAGUAUUAUGUGUAAGAUGAGUUGCGCGGUCCUGGAUUGCUCGCGGGCGCUGCUUCAUGUACAACAGUUGCAGCAACUCAUCGAGCGACCAUCUAACACCAGAGUCAUCAUCAAUUCGGUCACCACACGCCUCUAACAUUUCAUGAUCAGAUGGCCGCUUGGGCUCAUCUGGAUAACGAUUAUUAUAGUCAUAAUCCAUAUAGGCGUCGCUCAUAUCCGACGCCGAUGCCCCGCUCGACGAUGCACCCACGGCCAUCACAACAAAUGCCCUGGCGAUGU